CAGUCUCUUGACACGGGCGGGCGGCCCGCAGUCGAGCUGGUUGCUAAGCUGACGUCAUCGCUUCCGCCCUGCUUCUCCUCCUCCCGUGUCGGCGGCGCUGCUGCCGAGAGAAUCCAACAUGGAGUAACAGGAGAUGGGGCUCGUACGGGGCCACCCUCAGCAACAUCACCGCACACUCACAACGACGGGCUUUCGGUAAUCAAAUUCACACUCCAGCACGGCAGGCGGAAAAAAAGGGGAGGAGGAGGAGGACGAGGACGAGGAGGAGGAGGUGGUGGAGGGGGAAACGGAAACGUGUGUGGGGGGAAAUCACACAUUCGGUGGACCUGCACAUCCAAAACAGCAACAAGAAAGCAACAGGAAAACCGGUACAAUGUGAAAAACACCGGAGAGAGGAAAAUGAAGAGCGCCGAGUGUUCACCCGCUGUGGGAAAUUAUUGUAGGUGAAAAGAGAAAAUGACCGAAGAAACACACCCAGACGAUGACAGCUACAUUGUGCGUGUCAAAGCAGUGGUUAUGACCCGAGAUGACUCUAGCGGAGGAUGGCUUGCACAGGAAGGCGGUGGUCUGAGCAGAGUUGGCGUCUGUAAGGUUAUUCACUCGGAGCUGGGCGGGAAGAGCGGCUUCCUUAUUCACGGCGAGCGCCUUAAAGACAAGCAGGUAAUUCUUGAGUGUUUCUUGAAGAAAGAUCUGAUAUACACCAAGGCAACUCCGACGUUUCACCACUGGAAAGUCGACAACAAAAAAUGUGGACUGACUUUUCAAAGUCCCGCAGAUGCUCGAGCGUUUGACAGAGGCGUACGGAAAGCCAUCGAAGACCUGACUGAAGGAUCCACAACCUCCUCUUCGACAAUCCAGAAUGAGACUGAGGUUGGAGAUGAUGAUGUGUUCACAAACGCUACAGAUAGUUCUUCGAACUCUUCCCAAAAGAAGGAUCACUCUAUGCAGGCGCUAGCCUCCCCUAACUUCUGUGAAACCCGCAGACAUCGCUGUAUCCUGGGCCACUUGCACGACCAUUACAGCCCUCCAGAUCACUACCUUCUGGAUCAGUCCGUGCCCAAGCUGCCCCGUCACGUCAGUUUCCAAGACGAUGACGAGGAGAUUGUCCGGAUCAAUCCUCGGGAGAAGACCUGGCUGACGGGCUAUGAGGACUACAGGCAUGCGGCCGUGCGGGAGAAGUUCAUUGACCCCGAGGAGGUCGACUCCUACGUACAUUUUGCCAAAAGCGACGCCUCAAAGCACGAUUACAACUACCCCUACGUCCCCAACUCUGACUUUGGCCACAAGGAGCUGAAGGGCAGCGGGGGUGGUGGGGUGGUGAACACUCAGCCCCGAUCUUUCAAGUCCAAGGCCAGGAGGCGGAAGGAGGAUGGCGAGAGGUCAAGGUGCGUGUACUGCAGGGACAUGUUCAACCACGAGGAGAACGGGAGAGGCCAGUGCCAGGACGCCCCUGACCCUAUUCGAACCUGCAUCCAUAGGGUCAGCUUCAUGUGGUGCGCAGACAGCAUGCUUUACCACUGCAUGUCUGACCCCGAAGGGGACUACUCGGACCCGUGCUCCUGCGACACCAGCGACGACAGGUUCUGUCUGCGCUGGCUGGCCCUGGUGGCGCUGUCCUUCCUGGCACCAUGUAUGUGCUGUUACCUGCCACUGCGGGCGUGCUACCAGUGUGGGAUGGCGUGCCGCUGUUGUGGUGGGAAGCAUAAAGCAGUGGGGUGAUAAGCUCUGUGUUUUCUUUCUUCUGAAUUUCCAGAUGGGGGGGGGGGGCGAUAUAAAAGGCACACGGUGGCUUGAAGAAUUUGUUUCCCCUCCAAGUGGAUUUUUCUCCAGCCUCUGGCAAAUGGAAACCUCCGUCUGUUUGGGCCUCUAGCGUCACAAGUCAUGCAUUAUAAAGGACUAACCAAUGAUUACUCAUUUAUAUGUAACAGGUACUUUAUAUUUUUACACUGAUUUGUUUUAAGAACUUGAAUUUUUUAUGUUGCGUGUGGUUGAUGUGAGCAGAGUUUUAGUUUGGUGCUUUUGCUCUAGCUUGCCAAAUGAAGAUCCCUCAUUUCUCCUUUUGCGAGCAAAGGUUAUCGGCAGUUAACUGGCGUAUAUCCCCCUCCCUAAAAAAAAAAACACCCGAUUCACCCAGACGUGGAGUGUAUGCGUGCAUUUCUGUGUGUGCAUGUGCAUUCGCCGUGUGCGCUUGUUAGGAAGGUGAAAUGGAAUGGUAGUGGUGUGUCACAGCAUAGUAUUUGUUACUAAAUUGAAGCCGAAAUUGCAACCUAAGCAGCUUAAAUAUAGACGUCCACCGUUUGUAAUUCGCAGAACAUCUUUAAUAAUUGAUCCUAAGCAGGCUAACCUUUUAUUGUUUUGAGAGUAAGUAAUAGGUGUUUUAAGUUGUAAUGUUUAAUGUCUAAAGAAAUCAACAGGCUUUUUUUCCUUUGAAUUGAAAUGCCAGCCAUAGGGAAUGGGGGAAAAUAAUAUUGUCCCAUAACAUAAGCACACUCAUGAAUAUGAAAAUGUGAGCAGCUGGAGUAAAGGUUAAUCAUCACUUGUAGUAUUAAAGGUGCUUUAUUGUUAUAAUGAAAAAAACGAAAACACUACGAUUUGUUUUUUAUUCAAAAAUUGAGCCCAUGUUCGGAAACACAAUCUGUGCAAACCUAAAAAUAUUAACCCAUUUAAGGUGGUGUGAGGCAGUUUUGUGAUGGAAAAAAAAGACUGUGACCUUUCCAUUGUUUAACAGCAUUAUCUUAAAAAGAUUUCAAAAUCUUGGUUGUCUGAUUAUGAGGGGUUAUUAUUUUCAUGUCAUUUUGCCAAAUUAUUUUGAAUGCAUUUUUCUACACGCCCCCCCAAAAUAAAGAUGUAAAACAUGUCUUGAAUGUAUUCAAAAUACAACUUCGUCUUCUACGUUUUCCCCACAUAAAAGUUAACUUAAUAUGUGGUACAAGCUACAUGAAGCUCUUCCAUUGGUGUGGUGAGUCUUCACUGAUUAACCUUUAUCAAUAUAUCCGAGAGAGCAACACAGUUUUAUUUUACCCAUAUUCAAAGCUUGUAAUUAGCUUGAAAAGAGUAUUUUUGUAAUAUAUUUCAAUAAAUGUCCAAAUUUUUUAAAUUAAAAAUAGCAAUUAUAGCUAAUGGCAUAGUACAAUCUGAAGUUCUUAUGCAGCUACCAGUGGUCUGUCAAAGUCAGUGGGGCUGUUCCUGCUAAUUCUGCUUUCUGUAGGGAUUGCCAAUGGCAACAAUGCCCAUUGUCCAUUAAAAUGGUCUGAAAGCAGGAGAGAACACCCGCCCCUUCGAAAAUCAUGCAUAGAGAAUUACUUGUCAGCCUUUGAUUUACAUAACUGUACCAGUUUUACAUUUGUAUACAGAUAUUUAGCUGCAAGGUUGAGCUCUUUGGCUCAUUUUGUAACCCUAUUCUUUAGCUUUUUGCUGCUUUUGGUGUUAGGCUUAAAUAUUGGUUACAAAAGAAAGGGAUGAAAUUAGUCUAGAAUAGCUAAUCAAUAAGGGUGACAUUGAAAUUUGUAUAUAGACUAUGUAUGUGUGCAUAUAUAUAUACAUGCAUAUAUAUAUGUGCAUGCAAUAUGUUUAAUAGAAACACAAACCAGCCUCAAAGUUAAUACUACCCUAUGACCUUACAUGUAGGACAACCUGUAAGGUUUUAUCUUUGUAAGAAGCACAACACUAAUACAAAGUUUAAUAAAUAUUGUGCAAGUCACUAUGAAGUGCCCCAAACUUCUUGUCAUGCAUACGUUGGUAUGCACUUAAGGUUUCUUUGUCCUGGUGUAAAUCGAUAGGUAUUGAAAGUUCUCAGUGUACUCACUUUCUGGUCAUUGAAAUUGUAAUGGAAAAGUAGGAAAACAGGUGGAUGGAUUUUUGUAUAUAACGUUCUCAUCGUCUCCCUCUCCCAAGGUCUCCGAUGUGUAUUGUCAUCCUAGUCAGCUUUGCAAUACUGGCAUCAGACAUUGUUAGAGAAAAAUUAAAUUUUAUUUUUGUAUCUGUGGUAGGGAAGUUAACCAGAAGCAUCUUCAUCUGUUUGGUGCACAGUUUAGCUAAUGCACACAUUUAAAUAUUUAAAGAAAGUGCCUGAAGCAUACUGAACAUCUACUAUCUCCUUAUAUACUAAAACAAAAUAAAAUAAACCCUGUUGUAUUGAUUAGUUUUGUUUUUUACAAUAAGCAUUUUUACCUCUGUAAAAAGCAAAAAAAAUAUAUCAAGUGUAUGAUGUACAUUUUUAGUUCUAUUUUUUUUAUUGUUUCUAAUAUGUAUGAUUGAUGUAGCUCUUGCUUUACAAAAAUGUACUGUGUAAAUAUCAACACAUCAUAUCGAAAUACCGGAUCAAUGGUCUGGCCAGUACGUAAUUCUACAUUUGUGUCAUAUGACAUGUUAUGUCUGCUUCCAAUGUAUUAUGGCAGAUAAGAGGGUAAAAUAAAAAUGAAAAGAAAAAAGUUCAAAAUGCUUUGCUUUGGUGGUAAAGAGAAAUUUGAGAUUGUUUUUCCCUUUUUUAUAGUUCCUGUCCACAAUGCGCAGAGUGCUUGUGGCAGUUUGUGUCUAGAGGUGUGGAGGUAACUAGUUUCUGCAUGUUUGUUCUCUAGCAAAUUAAUUCUUCUUACGUAGGUCUUGCAACCACAGAUACAGAAGUAGUUGAAGAUAAUAUUAAUAUGCAUUUUGGUCUGUAUGUCUUUGUGUAAUGUGGUAGAGUUACAGAUUUGCACAUGUGCCUUAAUUGUAGAAGAGUGAAAUGAACUUUUCACUAAGAAUAACCACACCCAAGCAUUUGGAAGGUGUUUGCGUGCUUUUUCACAAUAAAUUUGGCUCACCUCCUGGCCAGUGGACAAGGGGGCUGAAACAGCCCUGCAGCUGCCCCUUGGUCACUCCUCACUCUGCAGGGGUGGAGAUGGGCUGGAGCAGAGAUGCGAGGGAGAGGAGGGGAUUAGGUACAGUAUUAAUAAUGUUCAGGUGAGGUAAUGGCAUCAGGAGUGUAUGACCACUCAGGCUCAUUGAACUUGACUAUUUCCAUCCCUCCAGAGCCUUCGAUAUAAAUGUCAUUUAAAAUCUUUACCAGACUAGGUUUUAUUUUCUUUACAUGUAUACCUGUGGUCUUGAAAGUUAUGGCAUCAAUGCAAUUCACAUUGUUUUCAGUAAUCCAUAAAUAAUACUCCAGUUUUUCUCAUACUGGAGCUUGGUGACUGUUAACAGUAUCAAGCUCCACAUAUGAAAGCAUUUAAAGUUUCCCUCGCUAAUUAGGUCAAUUUUUUUUUCUCAGUGAGGAAUAGAAACAAAGAGAAAAAUCAUUCCUGAUAUUCAAGAUGAAGAGGCAUUGCUUUUGCAUUCUCUGCAGAGAAUUAAGAAGCCUUUCCAGUAUCUGUCUUUUGUCUAGUUUUGUUAGCAGUUGCAUAUCUAAACGUGUGCCGGUAAUUAAUCACCAGGUGCAAAUCCCUUACUAUGUGUGCGAUUUCUUCAGCUUCACUCUGUGGAUUUGCUAUCUCAUUCAUUAAAUAUUUCCUGAUCUCAACUCUUAUGUUAAGGUU